AAAACAUCUCACUUCUAAAUCUUUCAUCUGUGGUAAAACAGGUGGGACCUCCAAAGGUCUCUUGGCUUAUCUUCCUCAGUGGAGGGCUGUAGAGGCUUGAAUAGCCUUGCUUUUCUCUCCAGUAUGGUCAUGGAAUGGAUCCUCGUGUGAUCUUCCGUGCUGCUGGGAACUCUUCCUGGGUCCACACUGAGUUUGGUGGUUGGGACCUGGUAAAUGAUCAGGAGCAAUAAUGUUCUGCAGUAAAAAGAAAUCACUUGAAGUGGAACGUGUUGUAAAAGCCAAUGAUCGUGAAUAUAAUGAAAAGUUCCAGUACGCAGAUAAUCGUAUCCACACAUCCAAGUACAACAUUCUUACCUUCUUGCCAAUUAAUUUAUUUGAACAGUUCCAAAGAGUGGCAAAUGCCUAUUUCCUUUUCCUUCUGAUAUUACAGUUAAUUCCAGAAAUCUCCUCCUUGACCUGGUUUACUACAAUUGUGCCUCUGGUCCUGGUGAUAACUAUGACAGCUGUCAAAGAUGCCACAGAUGACUAUUUCCGCCACAAGAGCGAUAACCAAGUGAAUAAUCGGCAGUCUGAAGUGAUCAUUGACAGCAAACUGCAGAAUGAAAAAUGGAUGAAUGUCAAAGUGGGAGACAUCGUUAAAUUAGAAAAUAACCAAUUUGUUGCUGCUGAUUUGCUGCUUCUAUCAAGUAGUGAGCCACACGGACUGUGCUAUAUUGAAACUGCAGAGCUUGAUGGGGAAACAAACCUAAAAGUUCGUCAUGCAUUGUCAGUUACCUCAGAACUUGGAGAAGAUAUUAGCCGACUUGCAAGGUUUGAUGGGAUUGUUGUCUGUGAGUCGCCUAACAACAAAUUAGAUAAAUUUACUGGAGUCCUCUCUUGGAAGGACAGCAAGCACUCCCUCAACAAUCAGAAGAUAAUCCUGAGAGGCUGUGUCCUGAGGAACACCAGUUGGUGUUUUGGAAUGGUGAUUUUUGCAGGUCCUGACACUAAACUAAUGCAGAACAGUGGUAAAACAAAGUUUAAAAGGACAAGCAUUGAUAGAUUGAUGAAUACUCUAGUACUGUGGAUUUUUGGGUUUCUGGUAUGCUUGGGAAUUAUUCUUGCAAUAGGAAAUUCUAUCUGGGAGAAUCAAGUUGGGGGCCAAUUCAGAACUUUCCUAUUUUGGAAUGAAGGAGAGAAGAACUCUGUGUUCUCAGGAUUCUUAACCUUCUGGUCAUACAUUAUUAUUCUCAAUACAGUUGUACCCAUUUCAUUGUAUGUGAGUGUGGAAGUCAUUCGUCUGGGACACAGUUAUUUUAUAAACUGGGAUCGGAAGAUGUAUUACUCUGGGAAGGCAACACCUGCUGAAGCUCGGACAACCACGCUCAAUGAGGAGCUGGGCCAGAUUGAAUACAUUUUCUCUGACAAAACGGGUACUCUCACCCAAAACGUCAUGACUUUUAAAAAAUGUUCCAUUAAUGGGAGAAUCUAUGGAGAAGUACAUGAUGAUGUGGGUCAUAAGAAAGCAAUAACUAAGAAAAAAGAAUCUGUGGAUUUCUCAGUCAAAACUCAAACAGAGAGAACAUUUCAGUUGUUUGACCACAGUCUGAUGGAAUCUAUUAAGCUGGGCGAUCCCCAAGUACAUGAAUUCCUUAGGUUACUUGCUCUUUGCCACACUGUAAUGUCAGAGGAGAAUAAUGCAGGGCAGCUGAUUUACCAAGUGCAAUCACCUGAUGAAGGGGCUCUAGUAACUGCUGCUAGAAAUUUUGGAUUCAUUUUUAAGUCUCGGACCCCAGAGACAAUCACAAUAGAAGAAUUGGGAACACUUGUCACUUAUCAAUUGCUUGCUUUUUUGGAUUUCAACAAUAUCAGAAAAAGAAUGUCUGUCAUAGUUCGAAACCCAGCGGGACAGAUAAAGCUUUAUUCUAAGGGAGCAGAUACUAUUCUCUUCGAAAAACUUCAUCCUUCCAAUGAGGGCCUUCUGUCUUUGACGUCAGACCAUCUCAGUGAAUUUGCAGGGGAAGGCCUUCGAACCUUGGUGAUCGCUUACAGAGAGCUGGAUGACAAGUACUUUAAAGAGUGGCACAAGAUGCUUGAAGAUGCAAAUGCUGCCACAGAUAAGAGGGAUGAACGGAUAACGGGGCUGUAUGAAGAAAUUGAAAGAGAUUUGAUGCUAUUAGGUGCCACUGCUAUAGAAGAUAAAUUACAAGAAGGUGUUAUUGAAACUGUUACAAGUUUAUCACUGGCCAAUAUUAAGAUCUGGGUUCUAACAGGAGACAAACAAGAAACUGCCAUCAACAUUGGUUAUGCCUGCAACUUGCUGACAGAUGACAUGAACGAUGUGUUUGUGAUAUCGGGAAACACUGCAGUAGAAGUGAGAGAAGAACUCAGGAAAGCAAAGGAAAAUCUGUUUGGACAAAACAGAAGUUUUUCCAAUGGUCAUGUAGUUAGUGAAAACAAGCAGCAGUUGGAGCUGGACUCUGUGGUAGAAGAAACCAUAACAGGAGAUUAUGCCUUAGUCAUAAAUGGCCACAGUUUGGCCCAUGCCCUAGAAAGUGAUGUCAAGAAUGAUCUUUUAGAGCUUGCCUGCCUGUGUAAGACUGUGGUUUGCUGCAGAGUUACCCCCCUCCAGAAAGCUCAAGUAGUAGAGCUGGUGAAAAAACACAGAAAUGCUGUCACUUUGGCCAUCGGCGAUGGAGCCAAUGAUGUCAGCAUGAUUAAAAGUGCACACAUUGGCGUUGGCAUCAGUGGCCAGGAAGGACUGCAAGCAGUCUUAGCCAGUGACUAUUCAUUUGCACAGUUUAGAUAUCUCCAAAGGCUUCUCCUUGUUCAUGGAAGGUGGUCCUAUUUCCGAAUGUGCAAAUUCUUGUGCUAUUUCUUCUACAAGAAUUUUGCAUUUACACUUGUGCAUUUCUGGUUUGGUUUCUUCUGUGGUUUCUCAGCCCAGACCGUUUAUGAUCCAUGGUUCAUCACUCUUUUUAACAUUGUCUACACAUCAUUACCUGUUUUAGCCAUGGGGAUUUUUGACCAGGAUGUGAGUGACCAGAACAGCAUGGACUGUCCUCAGCUCUAUGAACCUGGACAACUGAAUCAACUUUUUAAUAAGCGUAGAUUUUUCAUUUGCAUGGCACAUGGACUCUACACCUCGUUAGCCCUCUUCUUCAUCCCCUUUGGGGCCUUUUACAACGUGGUUGGAGAAGAUGGGCAACAUGCUGCUGACUACCAGUCCUUUGCAGUUACCAUGGCCACAUCUUUGGUUAUUGUGGUCAGUGUGCAGAUAGCCUUGGAUACCAGUUACUGGACUGUCAUUAAUCACGUCUUCAUCUGGGGCAGCAUUGCUACUUAUUUCUCUAUUUUGUUUACAAUGCACAGUAAUGGCAUCUUUGAAGUCUUUCCAAACCAGUUUCCAUUUGUUGGAAAUGCAUGGCAUUCCUUGAACCAGAAGUGCAUCUGGCUCGUUAUUCUCUUAACAACAGUGGCUUCAGUCAUACCAGUGGUGGCAUUCAGAUUUUUGAAGAUGCAUUUAUACCCAUCCCUGAGUGAUCAGAUCCGCCAGUGGCAGAAGGCUCAAAAAAAGGCAAAGCCUACAAGCAGUCGAAGGCCUCAGACCCGCAGGUCAAGCUCAAGAAGAUCUGGAUAUGGUUUUGCUCACCAAGAAGGCUAUGGAGAGCUUAUCACAUCUGGAAAAAAUAUGCGAGUUAAAAAUUCACCCCCAACCUCAGGGUUGGAAAAGACACUUUAUAAUAGUACUAACUGGAUUGAAAAUUUAUGCAAGAAAACCACAGACACAGUGAACAGCUUCAGUCAGGAUAAAGCAGUGAAACUGUGAAUCAAGAUGAAUUUGAACCACAUAGUUAUCUUUUCACAUCAGCCAGAGCUGAAAUUCAGCUGCUCAGGGGCUAGGAAUGGGCAAAUUGCUUCACUUCACUUUAAUUUGUGGCAGACAGCUGCCAGUGCCUGUCAAAUAGGGGUGUGGGUCUGCAGGAAACCAGGCCUGAUGGUCACUAUCCAGUUUGUGAUUUGGUGGACCAAAGCCUUACAAUACAGUCAAAGAUUUUUAUCAAUCUAGAGGCCAGUUGAUCUGAACUUAUAGAGAAAAGUGCAUAAAUUUGCAUUUGACAUCAGGUGAAUAAAAGGAUGCAUUUUAAAUGUACAUAUCAGAGCUGAAAGGCAGUCAUUGACAGACAAGUCACAUAUGUAAAGAGCAGCCUUUUCCCAGAUAUUCUUCCAAGAUUUAAAUGUAUACUAUGGUGCUUUCAGAAAGAGAGUCAUGAGUCACUCUCUAGUCUUGAUACUACCUGCCUGUUUAGCCAGGACAACAAUUCACCUACAUGCUGAAGAAUAGCAAAGCCUUUUAGUGCUUUACCAGUCUAGGAACAAAAUAGACUGAAUAUCUUUGCAGCAGUCCUGGCUGGUAAUUUGGUCAAAUUUAUUUUAAAAAACUCUUAAACUAUAUUAUGUAGGGACAUGCUAAUGAAAAGUCAAAGAGUGGUUCUCUAGUAAGUAUUCUAAAUAUGUUUCAGUGGGUUUUAUCACAGCCUCAGAAGUAAUUUUCUGAUCAUCAUCCAGAACAAUGGAAUCAGCAAGCAUUGGAAGUUUACCCUUAGUGAUAGUAUUCCAUAUAGGAUAUGGGCAAAUACUUACAACAUUUCCAAUUUAAAAAAUUUGAGAGUUGAAAUCAAAGAAAUUUAUAGUCUUUUCAUUUACAAUUUAAAUACUCAGGUUUAGGUCAUUUAGAGUUAGUUGCUUUUGCUUUCCAGUUGUCACAUUUAUAAUCUCAAUAUAUAAACCUAUGUAUAUAGAUAAGGUUGAUAUUUUUGUAGAUGUUCCAGCCUAAUUUUUAAUCCACAUAUGAGCCACUAUUGUGUUUCCUGUAAAAGAAUUCAGGCAGAUUUCUAUUCAAAUUCCAGCUUCAUCACUUCUUACCUCUAUAACCUAGGCAAGUAGCAUACCUUUCCUUAGACUAAGUUUCUUCCUCUGUUACGAUAAUAUACUACCUACCUCAUGUGAUUGAUGAUUGUCAAAUCACAAAUCUCAAACCAUUAAUAAUUUUUAUAUGAAUAUAUGAGUUUGGAUUCAGCUCACUCAUUGCCAGAAUAACAGAGCAAUUUGAAGAGAAUUGAAGAAUGAGAAUUUCAGUAAUCAGUAAUUCAGGGGAAGGUUUUGAUGAAAUGAGAUUUCUAAGUAAGAUACAAACCUGGUUAGUGUCCGACAGGGACAUAAAACUAUAUAAUCUUGGAGGUUUAGUUCUCAACCAGAAAGCAAAAAGUAAAUCAUCAUUCCUUAUUAGUUGUCUACAAAUCAACCUCUAACUUUACAGGUUUCUUAAUCUGGUCCCUAUUGAAUUAUUGGUCAAACAAAAUUGUAUUUCCCAAGAGAGUGUGGUGAUCUGAGUGGGCUUGAUGAGUAAUGGGCCAGUAUGAUAUUUAAAAGGUCAGAAUCCUUUUUAUUUUUUAUUUUUGUCUUAAUUUCCAAGCCUGGGAUAAUUUUUCCUGAAUAGGACCAAAUGAGAUAAUAUGAAUAAAAGAGCUGAAUAAAGUGCUUCAACCAUACUAAAUGCUUAUAGGUGUUCCUUUUUUCCUCUACAUAUUUGUGUAGAAUAAAACGAACCAGAUGGAACUGUGUGUAAGGGAUGGGAAGGUCCAAUUUUGCAAAUUCAGUUCAAAUUAAAUAAAGCUGUUUAUAAACAGAUAGUGUGGAUCAUUGUGAGGGAAACACAUUAUCAGUUUACUUUGGUCCCACGAGGUCCAAAUAAGCUCUCACACCCAUUGUGAGAUUGUUCAAUUGCAAGUGCCAGGGAUGAUUUUGAACCUGAAGAUGAAAAGUCCAAGC